GGGACACGUACGUCCCCUGACUACUCCUCAACUCCUCCUCCAGCUUUAAAGCGGAGUUGGAGGGUGUGUUUUUUUGCGGGGUUAAACACCGUUGCGGAAAGACGGUGCUGGCAGUCGGUUCACGAGCCCAGACGAAACCUCUGGAACCGGGAGGAGCAGACCACGCUCUUCCCUGUGACUUCAGCCUCCGACGUGGUCUUGUUCUCUCGGUUAGACGGUGGAAAUGCCGCAUACACGAACAGUAAGAGCACACAAUUGAACUCAUUAGUGUGUAAAAAUGCAGAGCUGCGGCGGGGUUUGUCUCCAAGGUCAGUGUCUGAGCACCGUCACCGUCCUGAGGACUUUUGUCCGCGAGAGGAGGCGCGGAGGAGCCGCCGCUGCCGUGUGUUUGUCGCCUCCAGCAUCAACGCUGUCAUCUUUCACCGAGCAGGACGUCGACCAGACUCACUGACGCACAAACUUAACGAGACGCGGUUUUACUUUACUUUACAUCACGGUGUCUGUAAUAAAAGAUUAAAAACGAUAAUUUCACCGGAGCCAUUUCCUGCCUGACGUUUAACCUGCUACGGCGCUGAAGCUAGCUAAGGCGUCUGUGAGCAGCACGUACUUGGUCGGACUUUCCUCUGAGUUGGCACCAUGUCCUGGAGGACCGGUGUCCACAGCCCGGCUGCGUUCGGCAGCACUUUCCUGGAGCGGGGGCUGCUCCUGUUCCUGGUUCUGGUCUUUCUGGAGGGUUCCGUGCUUCCUCUCGGAGCUUCGAGCUCCCCUGAUGUCACCCACAAGGAGAGUUCGGACACCCACGGAGCAUCCACAGGAGGGCACAACACCACCCACACCAAAAAGGCCUUCCCUGUCCUGAACGUGGACUACCCCAACGUAAAGGUUCCGUUUGAGAUCUCACUGUGGGUGCUGCUGGCCUCUCUGAUGAAAUUAGGUUUCCAUGUGAUCCCCCGUCUGUCCAACAUUGUGCCAGAGAGCUGCCUGUUGAUAACUGUUGGCCUGAUUGUUGGGGGAAUCAUCAAGCUAGCUGGAGAAAAGGUGCCCCCUGUGCUGGAUUCCAGAUUGUUCUUUUUCUGUCUCCUGCCUCCCAUCAUCCUGGAUGCUGGCUACUUCUUGCCCAUACGUCCCUUCAUGGAGAACUUGGGCACGAUUCUGAUGUUCGCAGUCGUGGGCACGCUGUGGAAUGCUUUCUGUGUCGGGGGUUUGCUCUACGCCGUGUGUCAGAUCCGGACAGCAAAUCCAUCAUACCUUAAUGACAUACAGCUUCUGCAUUGCCUGUUAUUUGGUUCCAUUAUCUCAGCUGUAGAUCCUGUUGCUGUGCUGGCUGUGUUUGAGGAGAUCCACAUUAAUGAACUGCUGCACAUCCUAGUUUUUGGAGAGUCACUACUCAAUGAUGCUGUCACUGUGGUACUAUACCACCUGUUUGAUGAGUUUUCCAGAAGUUGCAUAGUGACAGUGAUGGACGGCUUCCUUGGGUCAUCGGCUGCUGUGGUUGCACUGGGUGGUGUGUCUGGUUGGCGCCAUCUAUGGAACCUGGCAGCUUCACCAACGAUUCACCUCCCUAUACGCGUCAUUGAGCCACUCUUUGUCUUUCUGUACAGUUACAUGGCUUACCUGUCAGCUGAGGUGUUCCACCUCUCAGGCAUCAUGGCGCUAAUAGCAUGUGGGGCAGUGAUGCGACCGUAUGUGGAGGCAAAUAUAUCCCACAAGUCUCACACCACCAUCAAGUACUUCCUGAAAAUGUGGAGCAGCGUCAGUGAGACACUCAUUUUCAUCUUUUUGGGUGUGGCCACGGUCGAUGGACCGCAUGCCUGGAACUGGACCUUUGUCACUGUCACUGUGCUGCUGUGUCUGGUGGCAAGAGUUAUAGGUGUGAUUUGUCUGACCUUCGUGAUCAAUCGGUUCCGAAUUGUCAAGUUGACCACCAAGGACCAGUUUAUUAUUGCCUAUGGUGGCCUGCGAGGAGCGAUUGCCUUCUCCCUGGGAUUCCUGCUUAACGGUCAUCACAUUCCCAAGAGAGAAAUGUUCCUUACUGCCAUCAUCACAGUUAUUUUCUUCACCGUCUUUGUUCAGGGAAUGACCAUCAAACCUCUGGUAGAGCUGCUGGCGGUGAAGAAGAAACAGGAAGCCAAACGCUCUAUUAAUGAGGAGAUUCACACCCAGUUCCUUGACCACCUGCUGACUGGAAUCGAGGACAUCUGUGGGCACUAUGGACACCACCACUGGAAAGACAAGCUGAACCGCUUCAACAAGAAGUAUGUGAAGAAGUGCCUGAUUGCAGGCGAACGCUCCACGGAGCCGCAGCUCAUCGCCUUCUACCAUAAAAUGGAGAGGAAACAGGCCAUCGAGCUGGUGGAGAGUGGAGGAGGAGUCAAACUGCCUUCUAUGCCUUCCACUGUUUCCAUGCAGAACAUACACCCCAAGAAACCUCCUGCUGAGCCUACAGCGAGAGCACUACCACAGUUACCUAAAGGCAGGGAGGAGGAGAUCAGGAAGGUCCUGAGGAAUAAUCUUCAGAGGACACGGCAGAGGCUGCGUUCCUACAACAGACACACUCUGGUGGCUGAUCCAUACGAGGACAGACUGAAUGAGUUAUUUCUCAAGAAGCAAAAGAUGAUCGAGCUGGAGAAAAAGAUAAAAGAGAUGAAUAACUACCUGACUGUGCCUGCUGUACCCCCGGAAUCCCCAACCAUGCGCAGAGCCAGAUUGGCCUCAGGUAAAGGUACUGAUUUCAAACCUGCUCAGCAGCAAAAAGAGGACAAAAUCUGUCCAGACCCGCAAGCCUACAACGUGAAUCCGUUGUCAGACGACAUACCCACCAUCCAGAUCGAUCCGGCCUCUCCUGAAUCUUCUGAGUGUGUUAGUCCGAUAGAUGAGUCCGGACAGGCCAGUCAGCAGCAGCAGGAGGAUGAGGACUCCGGCUUAAUGAUGAAGCCUCCCCCAGGACCAAGUGAUCCCAACAAACCGGCACAGGGUUCCAGAGACGUACAGAAGCUGAUGAGGUGCUUGAGUGACCCUGGUCCCAGUGCAGAUGACGAGGAGUUGGAAGAUGAACCCUUCCUGCCGUAAAAUUGCUCUGCCCACCAGCUGCGUGUCCACCUCCAUUGCUUAAAGGAGAUAGUGUUGGUGCCUCCUCUCAAUGAUCCAUUUGGUUUAGAAACUAAACAAGCCAAAACUGAACGCUGUACAAACCAGAAUCUAAAUGCAAAGAGAAGAAACGAGAGCCGUCAUUGCCCCUUAUUUAUUUUUUUUUUUUUAGUCGAAUGGAGCAGCGGUUUCUGCUUUCUGGGAGAUUGUAGAGCUAUCAUGUCUGAUUGUCUGAAACAUUCAGGAAAGAACUAUGCAUUACCAAAGGUUUGACUGUUUUGCUCUUUAUUUUGUUUUUCCUUCUCAAUGUUUGUUUUUUUAGUUAUUUCUAUCUUCUAAGCUGUGUUCUCUAAGAUGCUGGGCUUUGGUUCUGUAUAUCACAAACAUAUCAAAUGUCUUCAGUUUUCAUUUCUAACAUACUUGAGUUUUCUAUAUUUGUUUUAAGCCAAUGGCCACCAAAACCUUUCACAUGAAAAUUGGGUGUUUGCGUUCAGUCACUCCAUAUUGCUGGAUAGUUGGAACUGUAGUGGAGCAUGUUUCACUUUAAUUUAUGUCAAUCAAUCUUUUCACUUUUUGUCUUUUUUCAUUUUGUUAAUACUCCAUUUUCAGGGGGACUAGCAUCUGUAAUUCAGUGCAAGCUACUCUGUUUCAUUGUCUGUGGGAUGUUUUAAAAAAACAGAACACUUCUUAUAUAGGCGUUCUUGAAGAGUAUCGAGGAAUGUGCUCACUAAUCCCAGAGUUUGCAGCUGCAAUCUCAAUAAUCUAAAAUCAUGUCCAAUUUCUAUGCUACAAACACCUUUUUAAAACAUCAAAACUCAUUUGUUUUUAAUUGUUACAUUAAACACUCACUGAAGCUAAGCUGUCUUACAAAACUGCUGGUUGACCAGCCUUAAUGAUGUGCAUGUGAGCCCGACAUCGCUGUUUACGAGGGCUGAAUGUGUCCAUUUACUCCUCACAACGUUCAUCAAACACUAGACUUUAAACGUAAUGGCAAAUUAAAAAAAGAAUUCUAUGCAGUAUAAAUGUGUAUCGUGUAAAUGAGUUAGAAUACUUUUUUAUUUCUUAAACACCCUUUAAAAACUAAUAUUGUAAUCCUGUAAACAUGCAAAACACAGGCAAAGCGUCCUGCGUUAAAGCCACUGACAUAAAACCUGGGCAUUAAGUUAAAUGGUAAUAAAAAAUAAGCAUUUUUGCUGGGUGGGACAUUAUUAGCAUGCAAAUAUGUAGUUUUUGUAUCACUGUGGUGUCGUGUGCUGUGCCACAUACGGUCAGUGUUCAUCAUUCUGACCUGCUUAGUGGGAUAGAAAAUAACAAAGCUUACUGUAUUUUUUUAUUUUUAUUUUAUGUCUUUGCAUUCAGAGCAGCAAAGAGCCACACGGCCGGUAACGAUUUGACCCGAGUUGAACGUAGCCUUCAUACUGAGCUCAGCGCAGAGAGCACACUUUGGCUUGGAAACACAAUCCUGCUCUGAAGGGGGUUAACUGAGUCACUGUUCCAGUUUUCUGGCUGUUUUCUAGGUGUUAGUGACCAUUGAAUCCUUCCUGAUCCUCUUAGGCUAUUGCCUUACACCCACCGCGCUCGCAUUACAGCUGAGGGGAGAGAGCAGAACCCACCAGGCGCCUUCAUGUUCCUCCUCCUCCUCUUAAGCUUCUGGGAAAUGGCUCGCUGCGGUGAGUGCUGCCUUGUGUAGCAACCACCUAUUUUUCCUGCACGUGCUCUUUUCUAGCCACCUAUUUUUCCUGCACGUGCUCUUUUCUAUCCAGGUAUGUGUGAAAUCUCUCUGGGAGUGCGACGCAACCUCCCUUCCCCCCAUAAGCUGUAGACCCUUUCCUGCUCCCCUUUUUAAAAGGAUAAUUGCACCUGAGCAAGAGGAAGGUCAAAUAGGAAGCAUCUCAUUUCCCUGCCGACGCCAAA